AGAGUUACAAAAAGUCCGGAGUGCCUGAGAGACACGUCAACCUCAAAUUCAUUUGAUGUUUCUGUUAAAAAGUGUAAAAGAAGAAAAUGUUCAUGACACCAGAAAACGAGUCAACUGUCUAUGUUUUCUUUACACUUAUUUUUCUUUUCUUCUGCCUGCUGCUGGUGGCUCCACCGACCGAGUUUGUAUCAGCAGGGAUCACCAUUCAAAACAUUUUAUCGAAUUUCCUGGGCAGUGAGCAGAUGAAUUUUGUGUACUACCACAUCAGAAGGACGACUGCCACACUUCUUGUACAUUCCCUGUUUCCGCUUGCUUACUACAUCACCUUGGGUUUAUUUUCACCUGAACUGGAACUAUUCUAUCCUUGGUUGAUUGGCUGGAAAGGUCAGAUAUUCCUAGCAUUCUCAUUAAUUCUCCCAACUGUGACAGGCCUGCUGUGUUUAUUUUGGUAUAGAGGCAAGUGGAAUAACCACCCAAUCUCCAGGCAGCUUUCAUACCUCGUCAAUGACUCUUCUUCAAGUUGGAGAUCAGUUGCAUCAUCCAUAGACGUUGAGUUUCGGAGGUUUGACAAAUUCACAACUGGACCCUAUGGGAGGAGACUUAUUGUGACAGAUGCAUGGAUCAUGAAAACUUCCACGUACUUUGUGAAUGUAGCUCAUCAACAGGACAUUCAUCUCACAUUGGCGGGGUCAGAGGAGCAUGAGAUAUCCUAUGAGAAUACCAUUCCAUCACAAUAUCUGCACAUUUCUGUGGGAGUUGUCAACCCACGUAUUGGUUCAUUUAAUGUCAGACUGAAUGCCACAGAGUUUGGAGACCUGAAAGAGAAGUUGCAAUCACCAGUGCGAAAUGCACGCAACAUCGUCAUCAAGCAGUCGUUGAGUGACCAGUUCCUGGACGCCUUCCGACAACAAGUGCACAGAAACCCCCCUUUUACUCCACCUCCUUCGAUGGAAGUGGAGGCAUGCAUCGGCUGUAUGCAGAUGCAGGCCAACGUCAAGCUGCAGAAGCUGUGUGACAACCCGACAGAGGGAAGCUGCGUCCAGUGCUUCUGUCGACCCAUGUGGUGUCUCGAGUGUAUGGGGAAGUGGUUUGCCAGUCGCCAGAACCAGAACGAACCGGAAACGUGGAUGAGCAGUUUGUCACCGUGUCCAACAUGCCGUUCGAAGUUUUGUGUAUUGGACGUCUGCAAGAUUGUUAGCUGAUGCUUUCCUGAGACAACAGACUUCUGUGAAGACUUGAGUACCUGAGAGACAUUUGUGUGCUGGACAUCUAAAGGUUCAAAUGUAUUCCUGCAUCCUUCUGUAUACUUCUGUUGUGAUCAAUACCUGGACCCAUUCAAUGUCUUAAUAUAAAAUUGGUAUUUGCCAAAUAAUAGGGCCCAUAACUUAGGUCAAGGCACUUCACGAGACCUUAGUACUUCUGAUGACAAACAACGUUUCAUACCUUUUCGAAUGGUCUCAUGGUUGUCAGUUGAAUAACAAAUUUCCAAUCUAACCAUUCCCAAAUUAGCCAACUAUUAUGACUGUCAACAGCUGUGACAGCCAAGCAUGGUUGUACACUAGGUCCGGUAUAGUAAAGUCAUAUGCCAAUUUAGCACCAGAACUGGUUCUUGAAUAUACGCUUGUCACCGGAAAUCUGGUAACGGAAGUAAGCUGGGCCCUGUCUCGCAUAUAACAAGUUGGGGCGUGCAAAGGGUGUCGUGAACCAGCUCAGUACCGAAAGUCCGCCUCACG